AUGCAAUCUACUAUUCCAAUAGCGAUCGCAGGCAAUGCAAACAAGAGAAAUGUUGGACCCAACGCGGUUGCAGACGAAAGCGUUGCGUUUCAAAGACAGGCCAAUAAUAGGGAAAUGAUUUCUUCAUCCCUGUCUUCAUCGAAAUCAUCAGGAUUCAAUGGUAGAAGAAGAUCUUCUAGCGUUAGGGACGCCCUUUCUGCCUUUUUUGGGACUGGUAACAGUCCGACCUCCAAUGUGGAUGACUAUUCUAAUCUGGCAAACCACAAUUAUACCACCGCUCCACCAUCAACCGUUCUGUGUAGGGGAAAUAGUCUUUGUUCCGAUAUUGCUACCAAUGACUAUAAUAUUACAAGUACUUACCAACCGAAUAGGCAUAGGAACUCCGUGCCGUAUAGCACAAUAGACCAAUUACAUACAAGACAAGAAACGGGUUUGAGAAGAGUAUCGGAUCCGGUUCCAUUCAAGAAAUUCGGCAAUGGUAAUAAUAUGGUAAAGCCGCUUAUAACUCAGCAUGUCAAUAAUAGGGCCUUGUUUAUUGAUAGGGUGCUAUCGGACUAUUUAGCUGACCGCGGUUUCAUCAAGCAAAUGCCUCUAUAUAAUAAAAAAGAUGUGCUGGAAAUUUCCAUUGCAACAAGCGCAGAAUCUGUUUUUUUGCCAACUACAAAAAGUGACGAAACAGAAUAUUUAUCUCUAAUUCAUGGAUCUUUAAAUCAUGCGCAAACACAUUCUCUCGCGCCUACUAGUGUCGUCGAAAAUAAUGCUCUCCCUUCCUCCCCUACGAUGGAUACACUGAAUGAAAACAAUGAUCUAUCACUGUUUUCGUUACCUGCUCAAGGACCGAGUAACACCAGAGAUUCGAAUAUGGCUGCGAACACUUCAUCGACCUCUAAUAAUAAUACAACAGACACGGAUUCCCUUGUUUCGAAUGGUAACAACAAUAUCAUGAAUAACGCUAAUCCGCCUGUGACAAACAGACAUUCGCAUUCGCAUUCUCAUCCCCGUUCUUCUUCAUCGGCUUGGAAUAGCCAGAUGCCUUCUUUCAGUUUUGCCUUGAUAUUUUCCCUAGAUAGACCAGCUACACUUUCUGAUAUCAAAGUAGAACUCACUUCAAACGCAAGAAUCGUGUGGUUCAAUGGCCUUCCUCCGACCAAGAACGUCAACGAAGAAUGCUAUAACAUAGGUUCUCUUGACUGGACCCUUAAUGCAAACAGCUUCAACCUUUUCAUACCGCAAGAUUCUAAGUCGCCUCUUGAUAUUGUUGAAAACCAUUCAGAUAAUCGGAGAUUAAAAGUGUUGCAGAAGUUGUCAAUGAGGAAACGGCGCUCUUUUCCAAGUAAGACAACGCUCAGGGAAAAUAUACUAAACAAGUUGAAUUCCUCCGAUUCUGCGAAUAAACUGAACGCUGGUAUCUAUGUUUUUACUAUUCCCAUAGUCCUUGCCAAUCGUAUUCCCGAAUCACUCUACUACCCAUCAGCAAGGGUGUCCUACACUUUAAGAUUAGCCACAAGAUUGAAAGAUGAACAACAAGAAUUACCCACAUCUAGACCACGUUCUUCUUCCAUCUCCGCUCUUGAGAAAUCACACUCCUAUUCUCAUUCCCGCGAAUAUUUUCGAAUUGAUGAUUCCAUCGAAGGAGAUGCAUACAACAGCGAUAAAAAUUCCAGUAGCAAAAUUGCAUUCCCCCCUUCAUGGUUGAAAAGUGCUAAGGGCUGUUUAAAAAGGAGCAAUUCCAAUGGAGGCUCCGAGUGUAACGGCACGUCUUCGGCUAGUGGCACAACAAAUCAAGAUGGCGACUCUGAUGCUACCAUAUAUUCAGAAUAUCCACUUCAUUUGGUAAGAACCCCACCAGAAAUUUCCAUUACCACUGCAAAUAAGCCGCUUUACAUUAAUAAAGUUUGGGAUAACUGUCUUUCGUAUGAGAUUUCUUUCGCUCAAAAAUAUGUUCCCUUGAAUGGUGAAAUUCCGAUUACUAUCAAAGUUGCACCAUUAGUGAAGAAUCUUAGUGUCAAGAGAAUUCGUGUCAGCUGUAGAGAAAAAAUAUCCUAUAAGAGUAAAGACUAUCGACAUGAUUUCAACCAAUUAGAUCCGUUGGCUUCGGAUCCUUGUAAUCCCUACCACUUGAGGUAUUCGGUGAGAAAAAACAAGGAUAGAAGUCUGCCGCUAUUUGAAGUGGCUUCCAAGUGCACAAGCGGGGCUGCGAUCAUAGAGGAAAUUGUGACAAAUACAGUUGAUGAUAAUUUGCUGGCGUACACUUCAACGAAAGAAAAAAAUAAAGAUAUCCCAUUUUGUGAGGCGUUCACUAUCAAGACAAAAUUAAAAUUUCCCAAAUAUUGUGAAUUUAACGCUACCAAAACUACAAACUUGCCACCUUAUGGCAUUGAUCUUUUUGAUCCUAUAAAGGAUCCAAAUCAAAGUGAGGGCACGUCUAGUAAUGGCAAUGUGUUGGGCUUUUUGAUGGGUCGCUCAAAUAAGAAUGCUAAGGCCUUCCGUAAGAUUCAACAGGACAAUAAUCAGGAUAAAAUUAAAGACGAAAAUGGAAAUGCAAUAACAACCCUGCAAACUAGCUCAAAUGUCCCCAUUCAUUACUACACACGAUUUAAUAGGCCAAGACGAGGUUUAUAUUUGGACAGCACUCAUUUUAAGAAUAUCCAAUGCUCACAUAAAUUAGAAAUUGUUCUAAGAGUCAGUAAAACCGACGAUAGCCCCUCAAAACUCAUGCGGCAUUAUGAGAUAAUUGUUGAUACGCCAAUUUAUUUGGUUUCAGAACUGUGUAAUACUUCGAACAUAGACUUACCCACUUAUGACAUGGCCACCACUGAAUCCUCCAAUAUCCUCCCACCAACUUUCGAAGAGGCAACAUCAGUUUCUGCCUCACCAAGAUCAUCUCUAUCUUAUUGUCCUGAUGAUAUUUCAAUGCAACAAUUGAAUCUUUCUAGGUCAACUUCCUUAGCAAACGGCUACCUGUCAACUGUACAUCCAAAAGCAGCAGCAGUCUCAGAUAUGUUUAAUACGACCCUAAUUCGAGGGCAACAAGAGCAGCAACCACGUUUUUCAAAGGCUGAGGACUACCCCCAACAAACGGCUAAUGCAGAAGAUGCCUAUAACAAUAUGGAUUACUUACUUUCGCCAAAUAUUUGUCAGCAGGGGAAUGCUUCUGCACUAUUCAAGAGAAAUACUAUUACAAUGGACUUUAACAAUAAUAUAUUCGCACCUCAGCAUAAUCCCCGUACUUUUGUCGAUAAUGAUGAUGACGGUAAUGAUAAUGAUAACGAUAAUAAUAAUGAUACAGAGGGGCCUAGUUCAAUGACCCAUCCAGGCCCUGAACCACCAAGAUACGAUGAGAUUUCCUCAUAA